CAAAAAAUGGACUCUCACCCUUUGUUCCUUCCUUACGAACAAUCUGCAGCUGAAGAACUUGAAAAGAAGCAGAACUGCUUCUUACUGGCAGGCAUAGGCAUGAGCUUACAAAGAGUCGUAGCCCUGUACCUAUUGAAUAAGGCAAAAGUGUCCCAAGAAGUGGGGGCACAGAAGGAUGACCAUCUGAUCAUGAUUUUGGGAGCUGAAGAAGAAGAUAAAGAAGCACUGAGGAGCUUUGGAGUUGAUGUUAAGAAUGCAGAUGAGACGUUGGUAGUGAAAAGAAAUGAAAGUUACUUAAAAGGCGGAAUUUUUGCACCUACUUCUAAAACUUUGGUCCUUGACUUGUUGGCAAAGAAGUUGUCACCGCAUAUUAUUAGUGGAUUUGUGAUCAUGAAUGCAGACAAAUCUUUGAAAGGAUCCAAUGCUCAAGGAAUUCAUACUUUCAUGAGUAACGUCUGCUUUUGAUUGAAAAUUUACAAAAAAGAUAAUAAAGACGGAUUUGUUAAGGUGCUAUCUUCGAAUCCAAAUGGUCUAAGUUUCAAAGGAGGAGACAUAAAAGACUUUAUGAAGGCAAGCUAUGUUGAUAAACUUAUACUCUAUCCUCGGAUAAGGACUGAAGUAAAGGAAUCUAUCGAGGAAUGACCGAAAAGUAACAUAAUUGAGGCUGAAAUAGAAAUGAAUCCAAGAAUGGGAAAAUUGCAUGAAAUUAUUAUCAAACUUCUCCAUUUCUGAAUCGAAAUCCUUGAAAAAGAGCUUGAAAAAUUUGAUUUGGAUGAAGACUUCUUCACUCCCAAUACAAUCUUAAGCGGAAACUACAACCUUAAGCUAAAACUCGAACUAAAGAAUGAAUUUUUUGACAUCAGCUCUAAAGCACGUAUCGCUCUUCGAGAUAUCACAUGCCUAAAAUAUCUUUUGAACACACUCCUCGAGAGUGAUGCUAUAAGUUUUCAUCUCAAGCUCCUCGCUUGCAAGGAGACCAAUAACCCUAACUCUAUCUUCCUGACUGCUUAUGAAGAAGUAGAGGCUCUGGUUGACCAGAUGGCUGCUACUAAUCUUGACAGAAUUUAUCAGAUCAAGCCUAAGCAGGUUGACUCGAAUCCUUUUGGAGCGAAAUGGAAGUUUACCAAUGUGGGUGUUCUGAAUGACCAAAAUGCUGAUAUCUGGGCCCAAUGGGAGAUGAGUAAAUAAGAACGAAAUCCUAGAACUUAAUGGAGCUGAAGAAGAAUUUGAAGGACACAUCAGUCAGGAUUGCUCAGGCAAAUGGCUUGGCAUAAUAAAAAUCUUCAAAGAAAUGAACGAAGAAAUCAGCACAAAUCUAAAACUUGACUUCAAGCCUAGAAGUACUAAAAAGUUCGAAACUGAUAGUGAAGAAGACCAGCCUGAGAAGGCCCUUAAGAGCGUGCUCAAGCCCAAGUGUGAGCUCCAGAUGGAAACAGGGCCGAAGAGAAGGAGAGUCUUGAUAGUGGCAAAGAGUUUGAGUCAUUGUAAAGACCUGAGGAGGUACCUAGCGAGUGUUUUUAUUGCGAAAGAGAAGGAAUUUAAGUAUUUUUCAAAUAAAUUGUCGUUUUUCACGGAUAAUUUUUCGGAAUCUGUGAGGAGAGAGAGGAUCCUGGAUGGGAAGAAUUACUCAAGAGAGCAGAAAAUAGAAGCUUAUUUGGUGCAUAAGUUGAAUUUUGUUCUAAAGCAAAAUCGAGAGGAGUUUAUUAAGAACAUAGAUACCAUUAAUUUCACUAAGAGAAGAAGGAGUACAGAGUCUAACUAUAAUACUGCUGCUGUUAUUCAAAACUCUCAGACCAAAGUAGAGCCUAAAGAAGAAAGCAAAGAAGAAACAAAAGAGGCUGAGCAAAACUCUGAAUCAAAGAAAACAGAAAAUGAGGAUACCCUGGGACUAUAUGACGAUCUUUACGAUUUUGAUCCAGAAUCUUUUGAUAAAGAGAAAAUUAUCACAAAUGGGGUAGUCAAUGUGAUUACAUUCAGGAAUUCAGAGGAUCUUAGUAUAUACCUUGACUCAUUCAAUCCCAAUUACAUUAUCCUCCUAGAUCCUAAACUGGAGUAUUUCAGGUCAAUAGAAUUGUACAAUGCCAGGAGGAAUCUUGAGGCUGUUGAAGAUUUCAGAUUAAAAAUUUACUAUUUCAUCUAUAAAGAUAGUACAGAGAAGUUCCAUUACCUUAAUACAAUACAGAGGGAGAAGAAGGCAUUUGACAGAAUUAUACGAUUGCAAAGAGAACUAUCUCUUGGGAAAAAGAUGUUAGUUGAAGUUCCUGAUCCUCUCAUCGAAGAAAGAGAAGCUCUAAAGAAACUUCAAAAAUUAAAUAAGUAUUCUACAGCAAUCGGCGGCCAAAAGGCUAGGGAUUCUGAAGAUUUGAUGAGAGAGCAAAUUGUUGUAGUUGACGUCAGAGAAUUUUCAAGCUCAACUCCUCAUUAUUUAUACGAUGCUGGCUUCUGGGUUAUCCCAGUAACCCUCAACGUAGGAGAUUUUGUACUUUCAAACAAAAUAGCUGUUGAGAAGAAAGCAGUGUCUACAUUUGAUCUCCAUCAAUCAUUAAACUCAGGAAGAUUACUCAAGCAGAUCACUUUUAUGUCAAAGUUCUAUGAAAGAGUGAUUUUGCUAAUAGAGUUUGAUGAUAAUAUUAACUUCAAAUUAAAGGAGAUGUACACCUACGAAGACAACGCAUCUGUGAAUCCUGCAAGUGUGUUUUCAAAGCUUACUCUGCUUAUCAUGAACUUCCCUAAUAUCAUCUGUUUCUGGAGCAAAGGACAAAAGGAAACAGCUGAAAUAUUUACUAAAAUUAAAGCUAAUACUGAAAAUCCUGAUAUCGAAAGAGUUGAGAGAAUAGGCAAGGUCAUUCGUGACAAGAAGGCUAAUAACCCAGACCUCAUGGAAAUCAUCGAGGCAGAAGAAGAUGAUGAACUGAGAAACAAACAUCUUCCCCAGGACUUCUUAAGAAGCCUUCCUGGGGUCAGUCACAGAAACAUCACAGUCUGGUUUAAAGGAAUCAAGAAUAUCACAGAACUGAUCAAACUUUCAAAGAAAGACUUGAUCGACCGCUGUGGAGAUCAUUUCGGCAAAAAGAUAUUUGAUGUCUUGCACUGGGAAAUGAAAUAA